CCAAUGAGACCAGAAGUUGCAGAGUGAUUGCCCUCCAAUGUUCACCAGGGCAGUCUUUCUGAAGAGGACGGCUCGCAGUCAGACCUUCAGUCUUCAGUCUCCAGCGUGAUCUCUGCUCAAGUGUGUGACAGGAUGUCAUCUUUGAAGGAGGUAUGCAGUGGUUUACCCCUGGACCCGCUGCCCGCUAACAGGGGAAGAGACCCCAACAUGCCACAUGCUCCGGUCCGGACCCCCAACCUUACAGCAGAGGAGGAGCGGUUGGCGCUGAGAAAUGCACUGCGUUAUUUCCCUCCCACCCACCAUGCAACACUUGCACCCGAGUUUGCCCAAGAGCUGCGGCAGUACGGGCACAUCUACAUGUACCGCUUCUGCCCCACGUUACGCAUGAGAGCUUACUCCAUAGAUCAGUACCCAUGCCGCACUCGUCAGGCCGCCUCCAUAAUGCUGAUGAUCAUGAACAACCUGGACCCAGCAGUUGCUCAGUUCCCCCAGGAGCUUGUCACCUACGGAGGGAACGGACAGGUGUUCAGUAACUGGGCCCAGUUUCGCCUUGUGAUGCAUUACCUGAGCGAGAUGACAGAGGAACAGACUCUGGUCAUGUACAGCGGUCAUCCCAUGGGCCUGUUCCCCAGCCUGCCCUCAUCACCUCGCGCCGUCAUCACCAACGGCAUGGUUAUUCCAAAUUACUCCUCCAGAAAUCAGUAUGAAAAGAUGUUCGCCCUCGGUGUGUCUAUGUACGGUCAAAUGACAGCAGGAAGCUACUGCUACAUCGGACCUCAAGGGAUUGUUCAUGGCACUAUGUUGACUGUGCUGAACGCCGGCCGGAGGUACCUGGGCUCUGGUGACUUGAGCGGGCGCGUCUUUGUGACCUCUGGCCUGGGGGGAAUGAGUGGAGCUCAGGCUAAAGCUGCCGUCAUUGCCGGGUGUAUUGGAGUGAUUGCAGAGGUGGAUGAGGCUCCUCUUAGAAAAAGACAUGAGCAGGGCUGGCUGAUGGAAGUCACCAGCAACAUGGAGCACUGCGUCCAACGCAUCAGAGAAGCCAAGCGCUCCAAGACUGCCCUCAGUCUGGGUUACCAUGGCAACAUUGUAGACUUGUGGGAGAGGCUGCUGUUGGAGUACGAGAGGACGGGGGAGCUCCUGGUAGAUUUGGGUUCAGACCAGACCUCACUUCACAACCCAUACAAUGGAGGCUACUACCCGGUCCAGCUCAGCUUCCGCCAGGCAAAUCAGCUCAUGUCGACUGAUCCUAACCGAUUUCAAUCCAUGGUCCAAGAAAGCCUCUGCCGUCACAUCAAGGCCAUCAACAAGCUGUCCGAUGCUGGUAUGUUCUUCUGGGAUUAUGGCAACGCAUUUCUCCUGGAGGCCCAGAGAGCUGGAGCAGAGGUAGAGAAGGUUGGGGGAGGAGCAACAGAAUUUCGCUAUCCUUCUUAUGUCCAGCACAUUAUGGGGGAUAUUUUCUCUUUGGGCUUCGGCCCGUUCCGCUGGGUGUGCACCUCUGGCGAUCCCCAGGAUCUCGCAGUAACGGAUGAUAUUGCUGCAACUGUCUUGGAGGAAAUUAGUGCCAACGUGAGUGAUCGCAUCAGACAGCAAUACAAUGACAACAUCCGCUGGAUCAGAGAGGCAGGAAAACACAAAAUGGUUGUGGGAUCUCAAGCCAGAAUCCUCUACUCUGACCAGAAAGGAAGAGUCUGCAUUGCUUUGGCGAUCAACAAGGCAAUUGCUGAUGGAAGAGUCUCAGCUCCUGUAGUUAUCAGCAGAGACCAUCAUGAUGUCAGUGGCACCGACAGCCCCUUCAGAGAAACCUCUAAUGUGUACGAUGGAUCUGCCUUCUGUGCAGACAUGGCAGUCCAGAACUUUGUUGGUGAUGCAUUCAGGGGCGCCACAUGGGUGGCCCUGCACAACGGAGGUGGUGUUGGCUGGGGCGAGGUGAUGAACGGAGGCUUUGGUUUGCUCUUGGAUGGCACAGAGGAAGCAGCAAAGCGAGCCAGAUUAAUGCUUAACUGGGACGUCUCCAACGGGGUGGCUCGUCGCUGCUGGUCUGGAAACUCCAACGCCUACGACACCAUCCAGCACACCAUGGAGGAGAACCGGCAGCUGCGUGUCACCAUGCCUUUUCCUGUACAGGAUGAGCAUGUAUUGGACCGUGCCCUGCAGGGCUAACCAGCGUUUCAGUACAGGUUAUCUGACAGCUACACACAGCCACACAGCAAAGGAGACCUGCAACUGUAGUCUCUAUAUUAGUGUCUAAAGCUGUCAAAAGAUCAAUGCUACUUAAUGAAUCAGUGGCAGUGUUGUUACAUUUGUUUGCCAUAAAUACACAGAAUGCAAAGUAGGAUAUAACAAUACUGUGCUAGGCUGUUUUAAUAAUUUAAUCUCUUAUCUUCUCUAAGAAUACACUCUUUUUUGUUCUUCUGAAAAUUAAACUACAAGUAUGUAUAAA